AUGUACAACCCAUUAAAGAAACAACACCUCAAGACCACGGUCGUCUUUUCGGCCUUCUUGACCGCCUUUGGCUUCCUCCAGUUCUACCUCUACACCGACACCGCCAGCGCGAAUCAUAUCUGCGCACUCGAAGCCUUCCUGUACCAUAUAAAGACGACCCUAGAUCAACUCGAGACGGAUCCGAGGGAGGAUCGGAGAAGGGGAGAGGAGAGGCAGAGGUUGAGUGGGGAGUAUUUGGCGACGAGUCUGGAUCUGGAGGAUAUUCGACCAAGAAAGAAGGUGCUUGGUGGCAAGAAUCCUGGAGUGAGGAAGGUUGUCAAGGGUGGAGUUGAGGGUUUGGAUCAGGAUCAAGAUCAGAAGGAGGAGGAAGGAGCAAUGGUGAAAGUGAGGAGGAGGAGCAGCAGGAACGAACCACACAGCCGAAGACAGCUGGAUGAGGGAGACGAGGAUUUAGGCGAUGCACAGGACGACAACGAAGUGCAUACCGAGGAAGAGGGGGAUGCAAACACACCCCUGGAAGUCGGAGGCAACCCAACCAUCGAGGAUCUGCAACAACAACAACAGCAGCAGUCAACAACAACAACAACACCAAUCGAUGAGUCUUCCUCCAACAACAUCCCCGAUCAUGAGAGCUUAGGAGCAGGAGGAGCAGGAGAAACCUCAAUAGAGUUCGAGAUCCGCCCGACCGUGAUCGUCUACAACAUGGGCAUGGGUCCCACAAAGAGGAGGAAGAGACGCUUCCAGGCCCUGGUCGAGGCCGAUGGGCUUAUCGACCAAGCGGUCGAUCUCGAUUUCCAAAAAUACCCCGAUUUCUGGCAACUCGGCACGCCGACCCGCGGAGAGUAUGGAUGGAAGGCCGGGAUCAUUGAGGAAGUCAGUCAGCGGGUCCUUGCUUCCCCUUCUUCUGGGAUGUUGCCUCCAACCGAUCUCCAACAGCAACAUCCUGGAUCCGCACCACCACUCUCCAACAACAACCCAACAACAAACUCUACAACAAAAGGACCCCGCCACGAACAAGGAAUCGUCCUCUGGCUCGACUCAGGCGACAGGAUCAGCGUGCCCUUCCUCCGCUGGCUCCCGAGCUUCCUCCUCCAGAACGGUAUGUGGUCCCCGCAAUCCCAGAGCGACAUGCAGACAUGGACCCACCCGGGCCUAUUCAGCUACUACCACGACUCUAUGGACAACUACGACCCCAAAGAAUCCAACUGUAACGGCGCCGCCAUGGCGUUCGAUGUUCGGAACCAUACCAUGCGUGACGGAAUCAUGCGGGAAUGGGUUCAGUGCUCUCUGACAAAGGACUGUAUCGCCCCCGAGGGCUCCUCCCGUGCCAACCAUCGUCAGGACCAGGCAGCUUUGACGUAUUUGGUCAAGAGGAUGGGGUAUGGUCGGGAGCUUUGUCAUGGGAUGCCGGAUGUUUAUGGGAUCCAAGUGAAUCAGGACCGGUAUUGUAAUGAGGAUAUCGCUGCACAGCCGGAUCGCGUCGUCUACAAUUAG